AUGUUGGUAGAAAAAUCAUAUGGGAUUUUUCUGUACGAUAGGAUCGUCAAGGUUAUUCAGAUGAUGGAGAAAGGAACUGUGGCGCCAUUGAUGAGCCACAAGUACGCCAUAGAAAUUUUUCGUCACAUCGAUCACCAUGUGAACAGAAAUCGUCGAAAAGAAGACGCAUCUGUACCCUACUUGCCCGAACAAGGAAAUCUAAUUUUCAUUAUCUAUCCAUUGUGCAUGAUUGCGAGUGUCGUGGUAGGAGUUAUCUGGCUUGUCACGAAUGUCUUUAUGAAAAAUCCCAGAAUCGUUCGUAAUUUUACAGUUUUACCGUAUAAAUCACAUUUCUCCAAAGUUCUCGUACAAUGUUUCGUAUCAGCUGCUUUAAUGCUGAUACUUGGAAUAGUCGAAAUGAAACACGCGGAUAUAUAUCUCGAUCUGGCUUUAAUCACAGAUCAAGAACUGCUGAAGCAUCCUAUUUUCAUUCACAAUUUUACCAUGUGCUUGAUGUCGAUUUUCUGCAUGGCCAUUUACCUCUUACAUGGUUGGAUCCUUUUUGAUUACUACGUUUCGAUUAAAAAGCAAAGAAGUGAUGACGAUGUAUCUCACGAUUUACAAGUUUCCGAUACUAGUACAGAAAUUGAUACAAACGAGGAUCUCGAGUAUCAAAAAGAAGACAAGAAACAGAAAAGAAAAGAGAAAGAGGAACCUGGUGAAUUAGAUCCAAUUGCAACGUUCGAAACAUUUACUUCAUUCUCUGUGUCGGAAAAACUAAGUGUACAGCAAGAACCUGUUAUUUUUUACUGUUGCUUCGUCGAUUGUUAUAAUUAUCUAAAACACAAGCGUGAAAUGGAGUAUCCUUUACAUGAAUUUCAAGUUAUUCACGUGAUGUAA